AUGAUACAGAGGAACAAGCAGCAAGCAACACAGCAGCAGCAAGAACACACAAACAGCCAAUAGGCACCACCACCAGCCUGCUCACCUGCAUGGCUAUUACUACUUGGUGUCAUCCACCACAGACGCUUCCUACGUCACCUCUAGCAUGGAACUUGAAGGACCCACGCACUGCCAGCAGCCAACAUGGUAUAAUAGCGUAGCAGCUACAUAUAUUUGUAUUACAACAG